UUUUUUUCCUUUUUUGAAGGCAGAAACCUAUCUUUUCUGUUUUUCCGUGAUGUCAUCGUGUAAAAUCUCCUCGUCGGAUUUGGGAGCUAAAAGUAAGAAAACCAAGGAGUCCAGUGACACAGCUGCAUCCCCACUGGAUUUUGAAAUAGCGUGGAGUUUUUCCAAGACGAAUUGGGACCCACUGACAAUUUCGCCUUCACCUGCUGGCUACUCUCCGUCAUUUUUUAUCCGAAUGAAAAAUGACAUCCGAGAGUUGGCGAAGGAUGAGUCUUCAAAUAUCUUCGUGAUGCCGAAAGGAGACUUUCUUGCUUCCAUGGAGGCCGUGAUCCUAGGACCCGAUGGAACACCUUACGAAGGUGGCUUCUUCAUGUUUCUUAUCGGUUGCAUGCCCGAUUAUCCAAUUUCUCCACCGAGAGUUCGAUUUCUUACCACUGCUGAUGGGAAUGUUCGUUUCAACCCGAACCUCUACAAAGACGGGAAAGUUUGUGUUUCCACCCUGGGAACUUGGGAAGGCCCGCCAUGGACUCCUGCGAUAACCCUGUCGACACUUCUGGUAACAAUCCAGUCGCUGAUGACGGAAGAACCACUUCUGAACGAGCCUGGCUUCACGAAGAACAGUGUUUCGGAAGACAAAAUAAAAUUGUACAACCAAUUCGUUCAGCAUGAAACUCUCCGAGUCGCUGUUGUGGACAACCUCAGGACUCAUCUGAAGAUCUCUGAUGAGAGUCCGUUCAAGAAAGUUAUGGUUAAAAAUUUUGUUGAACAUUUUGAUUCCUAUGUUGCUCGCUGCGAAUCUCUGAUGUUCCUCGAAGGGAAGAAAAAGAAUGUAUUCGGAGCCCGUGACAUGCAGUUCGUUCCGAAGACCAUCCUUGCGGAGCUUCAUGAAUUGAAGACACCUGUAAGUUCGGUCUACGAGAACUUGAAGCUUGAUACUAUUACACUUUCCAGUAUUGCGUUGGAAGCGUUGCAAACAAAGUCCGGCAUUCUCAUCAAAUCCUCUUCCAACGAUGAAGCUCAGCCCUCAGGAUCCCAAGAUUCUAUCAAUGAUCUCUCGCCGAACGAAUCCAGUGAAAACGAUUCAGAAUCGGACUACGUUUUUUCCGACGAUAACGAGGAAAAUACGACGGAAUCGUGAAGUGUGUGAGUGCGGUGCUCGGAGUGAAUUGAUGUGAUGCAAUAGAAAGCCAAUGGAUUUUUUUGUCUGCGUGUUCUGCAUGGUAUGCAUGAUGGGAAUAAGAGGUUCGUGUACCUUUGUUCA